AUGAUUUGCUCUCUUUCAGGAGAAUUGGCCAAAGAGCCCGUGGUAUCUCCUAAAAGUGGAAAGGUCUUUGAAAGACGCCUUAUCGAGACUUACGUCAACGCCAAUGGAACAGACCCAAUUAACGACGAGCCACUGUCUGUUGAGGACUUGAUCGCAAUCGAUGAAAAGCCUACGUUGUUUGUGAAACCCACGAGUCUUACUUCAAUUCCAACCCUACUAUCUACAUUCCAAAACGAAUGGGAUGCUCUUUCACUAGAGGUGUUCCAGCUGCGCAAAGAGCUCAAUGUUGCAAAAGAGGAAUUGAGUGUUGCGUUAUACUAUCGUGAUGCUGCAGCCAGAGUAGCUGCCAAAUUCAUGAAAGAGAGAGAUGAUGCCAGAAAUGCUCUUCAGGAGCUUGCUGGCAGUAUUGCUAAGGGACAAGAUUUGAACGGUAUGGAGGUGGAUGAAGAGUCCCAGCAGCCAUCGGCCGGGGAGAUCAGCUCCAGCGUACCAAAGUCAUACUCAAAACUCAUAAUAGAAGCCCAAGGUGAGCUGUUUUUGGCUCACAAGAAGGAUAGAAAGAAGUUUGCUGCUCCCGAAGGAACUUUAGAGGAGCAUGAGAUUGUCAAGUCGAUCCAGGAUCACAAGAAGGCCCCUAAAUCAAGAGGAAACGUGACAUCCGCAGCCUUCAGCGAAAACUCACAAUCUAUAUUAGUGGGUGAUGCCAGUGGCAAUGUACUUAUAUUCGGAGCUACUUCUGGCGAAUUGGAAGACGUCGCUCUUGACCAAGAGUCAAGUGCCGUGACAGCAACUUCAUUUGCCCUGGACUCCUCAGCGAUCGUUGGUCUAGCAAAUGGCGCCAUAUAUGCCCAUGGAAGGACUAUAGCGAAUCUUGAUGAACCACAAAAGGCCGUAUUUGGCCACCCUGGUAUCAACGCACAUGUAAUAUCUGUGGGCAGUGAGACGGGAUCCAUCACAUACAUCGAUAGCGACCAGAAGCAGCCGGCUUACCAGAUCAAAAACGACUUCAGAUGCAUAGGAGCCUCUCUCCAUUUGGAUGGAGUUCUGCUGGCCUUAGGUGAUGCUACUUCCAAUACAGUGCAAGUUUAUGAUUUAAGCACCGGUGCUGUCGGUGUUACCUGCGAGCCAGUUGAAGACAGCGUUCCAUCGGCUGUCGAGUUUGCCCCGAAUGGAUACUGGUUAGCAGUGGGAUAUUCAACAGGUAAAACGGGUCUUGUGUUGAUAUACGACCUCAGAACCUCCGCUGUGGUGCAUAGAUGGGCUUUACCCAGUUCUCCUCUUUCUCUCGCAUUCGAUAGAUCUGCUAGCAUACUGAUCUCCAAUCUGGGCAAGUCAAUUGUAUACAACAGGUAUACCAAGAAAGAGAAGAAGUGGAGUGAAUCAUUACAGUCAUCUGUGAAAGUUUCAGGGACUGCAGUUGACGUAUUUUUCACCUCAAAAGAAAACAAUGCCGUUUCCGUGAUCUAUGACACCGGGAAGCUGCAAAACUGUGUAUUUAAUUAG